AUGGCAACGAAAAUUCCUACAGAGAUUAUAAUCGAAAUUUGCCUACAUCUAACCCCCAAUGAUCUUUAUUCACUUUCCUCGGUAUGUAGAAAGUAUCGAUCAUUAUUAUGGUCAACAACUACGACAACUCAAGAUAUUUGGCGUCUCUCAAGAUUAAGUUUCGUACCGAAUUUGACCCUUCCACCUCCAUUCUUACAUACUUAUAAUAAAGAACCUCUUAAAAGGAUGAGCGAACAACAAUAUAUUUGGUUGAUGACUUUAUGUGAAAAAUGUCACUUUUGUGAUCAAACAAAUAAAAUGGAAUUAACCAUGUACUGGGAAGGCAAAUUUUACAGUUGUGUGAAAUGCUUGACGAAAAGGGUUAUAAGUGGAGAAACGUUAAAAUCUAAAUGGAAAGUACCUGAAAAGUUAUUACAAUGUUUACAAGAAUUGCCAAAAUCAUUUGAUAUAAUUUGCUGGCAGCCGCAAACCUUUCUUAUUUCCGAAGUAAUAAACUUAUUAAAAGAAUAUGAUCAAUUAAAAAAGCAUGAAAGAAAUGAUUGGAUUGAAAAGAAGAAAAGGGAAAUUGAAAGGUUACAAGGAGAAAACGAGACUUACAGGGAAUUACAUGACGAAUUUUAA